CUCAAUGUUAGUAAAACUUCUCUGACCUUCUCUCUUUCAUUUGUCUCAUAGAGUUUGAACCAUGUGGAGCUUCUAUACGAUACAUAAUGAGACCCCCUACACAUUUCACUACUGUAGCGAGGGGAGAGAGGGUGUGCGUACCGUGCGUGGCAACAGCACAGGAGAUUACCUGCAUGCACUACCACCAUUUUGGGGGCUUUACUUUAGAUACGGAGAUCACUCAGAAAGUGACCUCACUGGUUCAGGUGGUGGCGGUUCGUACACCAUAAGAGAGAGCAAAGACCACAAAGAAUUUGAACUGGUCCACAACAUGUUAGGUAGUGUUGUCGACCGCUGUCCUAACUUUGGCAGAAUUGAUGAAGAGAAACGAGAACGUGAGAAACGGCAACAAGAGGAACGACGCAGGAAAGAAGAAGAAGAGAAAAGGCGUCAGGCAGAGCUUGAGCGACAGAGGAAGAUCCAAGAGCAGAUGGAGAAUGAAACAUUAAGAAAAAAGCUCUCUGAAGCACACGACAGGCUUCAGGAGGAGGAAAACCUCAGAACCUGGGAGCACCGUCAGCAGCGCUCUCAGGUUCUACACCAGCUCUUGGAAGAUGAAGCACAUCACAUAGAGAGAGAUGAGGUCGCUGAUGUUAAUGAGAAGUUUGAAAAACUUCUGUCAAAGUAUGACAUCAGAGAGGAGGAACAUUUACAGAUCCAGCUGGAAGACAGGAUGAAGACUCUCCAAAAUAAGCUGACAUUACAAUAUUUUAACGAGCACCCCCACUUCGUCCCCACUUCAUUACUGUGGGCUUUGGAUCAGACUACUGGAUACGUGCUGCUGUCUCUGACUGAGAGGUUCAACAUCCUGGAGGCAGUGCUGAAGGUGACCUUAGAGGGUGACCCUGAUUUUGAAGAUCUCCUCCAAAAUGGACAAGACAAGAAGACAGAGUUCCUCCUCAGUUUGCAGGAACAGCUACAUGCUGACAACCCAACACUGGCCCAACAGGUGUUAGCAAAUGUCCUGGAUCUGUCCUCAAAGCUGCCCCGAUCAGGUAAGGACAUCGUCAGUCAAAUAGUCUUCAACAACCUCUGGGCACCAAAAGACAUCAAGCUUUUCCUCGGAAAGACCUUAAGCAUGGAUCAGGAAACAGUCACAAAAAUCCUCCACAAAGCGUGCACGUACGGGCUGAGCUGUGACGACGCUCUCGCUGCCCUGAAGGAAGACGAUCCUGCAGAGUACAUCCAACAUUGUGUGGACAAAGCUGAGCGAGACAAAGAUGCUUGCACACUUUUGGCUGAAAUGGAAAACAAAAACGUUCCAGAGUGUGUCCUGUCGCUCCUGCGAGAAGUCCUGACAUAUAUUGAAGAAGAGCUACCCAAAUAUGGAAGUGUGCCCAUCAACAGGGAGAUGAUUGAAGAUUGUAAAAAGAUAAUAACUGCUCUCGAUUUUAACAAUCCUAAGACAGAUGCUCUGAAGAAAGUCCUGAUCAUCGUAUCCAGAGCUGUAAAGGAAUGCACCGCCUUUACCACUCAAAGCGGCGAACAUGUUCAGGGCUACUUCCCAAGACCCAGUCAGCUGGCAUCACUGCUGCUGCUCCUGCUGCCACAGUCUGGGGAUAAGAAAGGUUGUCUGCUGGAAAUCAGCACUGGAGAGGGCAAAACUUGUAUUUUAGCCAUGUUUGCUACAAUACAGGCCACCCGAGGCACACAGGUGGACAUUGUGACAAGCUCUCCUUUGUUAGCAAGUCGUGAUCAGGAUAAGUGGAGCAAAUUAUACGAUGUGUUUGGUAUUACAUCAUCCACGGUCCCUCCAACACAAAUCGAUAGCUGCUCCUUUAAAGAUCAUGACAAGCUGCUUGAGGAUGCAUACAGCCAGCAGGUCGUUUAUGGCACUGUUGGGACAUUUGCAGCAGAUACACUGAGGCAAGAGUUUGAGAAGAAGACUACCCGAGGUCCGAGGAGGUUUGAGUGUGUGGUAGUAGAUGAGGUGGACUACAUGACGCUGGACAGUGGUGUCCAGGUCACGUUCCUGUCACACCAAGCCGGCAGCCUAAGGCACAUGGAGCAAGUCCUGGCAAGCAUCUGGGCCAUGAUGUCAUCCUGCAAGCCAAUAGAAAUGUUUGAAACAGGGGAGAUCAGGUGGGGAACCAGGAUCCAGCACUUCCACAAGGCUGUAAUGCAAGCAGUGGUUGGCUCAGAAUCAGAAGAUGUUUCAGCUGCUGACAUACUUAUUCUUGGUGCCCAGCUGGGGUUUUAUUCACAGGAGGAUGUGGAUGAAUUAGAUAAAGCAGAUGGUCAGACACAAGCAGAGACUGACAGCUUUAAGGAUGCCAGGUGGAAAGCUACUGAGAAAAUCAUGGCCAACAUUGGACCAGAAGAACAGUGUGAGCUGCUGAGACAAGUUCAGACAAAAAUAGAAAACGGUGUAUCUGUAGAUUGUUACUCACUAAUGAACAACAGAGCCAAACUUUACAGGAAGGACAGCUCUCGUGGAGACCCUGACGUCAGCCUGCUUCUCCUGGAGAACGGCUGUACCUGUGAAAUCAUGUCCGAGGAGUCCCUCCUCCAAGGAGCUGUGGACAAAUUAAAACCAACAAUUAAAUAUUCUGAUGAGUGCUCAGUGAAGUCAUUGGAUGAGUGUAAGGGAUUUAUUGUGAUCCCCUCUUUUUUGAAAACAUACAUUGAGAAUCAGUUACCAGUUUUUGCCGAGAACGCCUUAAAAGCCAUCAGAAUGACUCAGGGAAGAGAGUACAUGAUCGAGAAAGCACCUGAAGCUGACGCAGGUGGUUUCAGUGAUGCUGACAGUCAUCAGUAUGAUGCCAUCAUUCCUGUGGACUUUGAGGCCAGUGGGGUGUUGGAGAAAAACAAGCGAUGGGGUGACGGCCUACAACAGUUUCUGGAGAUGAAGCACCAGCUGGCCAUUUCACAGCUGUCCAAUGUAACAAAUUACAUGUCGAAUGUCCAUUUCUUUAAAAGGUACCUCAAUGGAAAAGGCAUUUUUGGUGUUUCUGGGACAUUAGGGGGGCAAGCUGAGAAAGCAUUUCUAGAACGGCAUUACCAAACAGCAAGCUAUGUCAUUCCAGCUCACCGCUGUAAGAAGCUUGUUGAGUUGCCAGCAGUUCAGGUGAGUGGAGGCAACACGCAGUGGAUCCAGGUGAUCUGUGAAACUGCACACAGAGCUGCAGACAGAGGCCAAGUUGUUCUUAUCAUUUGUGAAGAUGUUAAAACUGCAGAUGAGCUGAAGACAAACAUGCAUGUUCCAGAAAGGCAAGCCAAUGAGAUCACCAUGUACACAAUCAGCGAGAAGCACAACAUCGAGAAGCAGAACUUUAGCCGGGGAAACAUUAUCAUUGCUACAAACCUCGGUGGCCGAGGGACAGACGUACACGUUCAGCAGGACGUAAACGAGAGUGGAGGUCUCUUUGUGCUCCUCACAUACUUUCCUAGAAGCCACCGUGUGGAGCGACAGGUCUUUGGACGCACCGCCCGAAAAGGAAACCCAGGGAUGGUCCAGAUGGUUCUCAACCAGGGCCAUCUCGCACCAGCCUACCAAGGCCAAACCAUCGAAACCAUGAGACAGCUCAGAGAGGAGUACGAGCUCAGACAUUUAGACAGCAUGGAGAAAAAUGAACUCUGUGAAAUUGACAUGAAGGAAACUCUGUUCUCCAGUUUCUGUCAGUUUCUCUGUAACUUUGAGAAGAAUUACACGGUAGAAGAAAGGAGUGACCUGUCCAAGAUGAAGCUGAAGGAUGUUCCUGAAUAUUUUAAGAUCCAUCAGAACAAGUUCGACUAUCAGACGGCACUGAAUGCUUUGAAAGAAUCGUGGGCUUUGUGGCUCAUCCUUCAUGAAGAGCACAUCAGCAGACAUGACGAUAUCAGCCAGCUGAGAGAAGACCUCACCGAAGACUUGAAGAAGACUGGUGACUUCCUCCUGCAGGGGACCAGCUAUAAUUUCUAUGAUUACAUCAAACAGGCAGCAAGCAGAACUGACCUGCACUGCAUGAACAAAACCAAAUGUGACUUUGGAGCAAAGACUUACUGGCAGAGAGCUGCAAAGUGCGAUCAUUUCUACAGUGCUGUGGCGCUUUAUAAUCAAGCUUACAUCACACUCAACCUCAGAAAAGGAGACUACAUAGCUGAGGCAAAGGAAUUAUUGGAGGAAGCACAGUCUGCCGUGGAUGUCUAUCUCUCAGAAUCAACAAAUACGAUGAUGUUUUGUAAUUUUUCAGUGACGAGUGGCUUUGUUCCACACCACACAAACAGCAACCUCCAGAUCCAAAUGCAAGCCAGGAUGACUAUCUUCAAAUCUUGGAAAAGAUACAUCGAAAGUGCCCUGACAACUCUGACACAGCUCGAUGGCAGCAAAGGCGAUGCAGAAGUAGAGGAUUCCAGUGUGUACCAUCUUUCCAAAGAUAAAGAUUUAAUCACCACCAAUGAGCUGAUGAUGCUCUAUGAGAAUGGCCUCAACACAGUCUUUGAGGUUAAAAAGAAGCCCGAGUUCUGCUAUGACGCCCUUGCUUGUUUUGUUCUCGGCGCCCUUCAAGUCGCAGCAGGUGUUCUUGUUUGUGCUCUGUCAUGUGGUGGUGCCAGUCAGUUUGGACUUGGACUGAUCUGUGAGGGAGUAUCUGACAUGAUUCAAGGGAUCAAAGGAAUGAUACAAGGAGGCUUUGACUGGGCUGAAUGGGCAAUCUCCAAGGCCAUCAGCAUCGGGUUGUCUCUGAUCUCUGGUGGAUUCAGCCGACUAAAGAAAGCUGCAAGUGCAGUGCGCAGUGGCACAAAAGGUCUGAUCGCAGGAGCAAAGACUAGUGCCUACACAGUGAAACAGUGUUUCCUGAAGGCAGGGAAGUAUGCAGCUCAGGAACUGGGGAAGCAAGGAUGCAUCAGUGCGCUGAAUUAUACUGCUGAGAAGGCAAUUAAUGCUUUUUUCCAAAACGUUCUGAGGAAAGUCUUUGAGAAAAAGGUGCUUUCACUCAUAAAAGCCAACCAUAACCUGGAUGAAGUUCUCACACGCUUCAUUUGCUCAGGAAUACCAAAGAAUAUCCUGGAGAAUGGGUCCAGUGAAUUCAGACUUCACAAAGAGUGUGAGGAAGAAAUGCUUCAGUCAGUGGAUCUGAUAACAAGAAAAGUGAUUCCUGACCUGAUGAUGAAUUGUACCAUGGCUCUUAAGGCCCUUGAUGGACUUUCAGCGGUCUGUGGUGCUGUAACACAACACAUAAAGAGCAAAAAAGGGUCCGAUCAAAUAGAAAAUAUUCUAAAGGGUUUGGAAGCAGCUAAAUAUGUCACAGCCUUUGUACAAAUAUGGAAUUCAGUACCAACAGAGAAAGUCAUCAACAACACCUUUGUUCCUAAGCUCCUGCAAAGGAUGGAGAAACUACCUCAAGAAAGGAACAACCAGGAUGAAAGGCACAGUUUAUCAGAUGUAAAACGCUUUAAAGAUAAACUCAUCAGCAUGAUUGCAGAAAGUGUUUCAAACUCUUACGUUGAGGCCUGUUCCAGGCAUAUGACCUCCAUCAUGAGCAAAAUGUGCAUAAGUAAAAUAAACCAUGCUGUUGGUGGUGCUGUUGGCAACAUACUUGGCAGGGCUGACACCCAAAGUUUCUUUAACAGCCAGGAGUAUAAGUACAACAUGAAGAAGGUCGUCCAGCAUCCACGUGAGUCCCUGUCAGAGUCGGACAAGAAAGACUUGGAGUGCUACAUUGAGGACAUUUCUGAUGUUAACCGCCCUGCUACAGCUUUGGACAUCCACGUCCUCACCCAGAGUGAUACUCUGGGAGGCAAAGGAAUCAAACUGGUUAUGGUGGACAAAGAUGGGAAGAAGCUUUCAGAAGACUAUUUUCCUGGGAAGGACGACUCAGCAGGCGAUAUAGUCCUCCAACUGAAGAAGGAGCCAGAAAAUCCAACACAAUGUCGUGGUUUAGGCUCAGCACCUGAUGUGUUCCUCAUGGCAGCGGUCAUUAACCUCCAGUCAGGCAUCUUGUCCUGUCUUCAGCAAAACCUACCCAAAUACGUAGGAGCUCUGAAGCUGCAGAAAGGAUAUGAAGCAACCUGUAACUCUCCUGGAAGAUAUUACAUAUGUGGAGGAGAUCGAAAGGCGCGAAGAAAAGCCGUAGACGAUUUCAACGCCAUCUGGGGCGACAUGAGCAAGAAAGGUUUGAGUCCAGAGGAAUUACGAAAUAUCCGAGAACAACGUCUGGGUUUGGUCGGAGCGCACGCUGAUGUGUACAAAAUCCGGGUGCAAACCUCCAACCAAAGAGAAUGUGGUGAAAACAGGUUGGCGGUGGAAGCCGACCACGUCCCACCCAGAUGUGUCUUUCAGAAUGCCCUUAAAACGCUGCAGGACCCCGAGAACGUGAAGUUAAGAGAGGACCUGAAAAACAAAAGUCCCAACCUCUUUGCACUGUUGGAUAAGAACGGCGACCGCGGGCUGUGCAGAGAGGUCCUGAAAUCGCACCACGAGGCAGGCCUGACCUGGCGCAACAGAAAAGAGUCUCGUAUAAUCAGCGAGAAGCUUGAGGAGAUUCUUCUUUCUGGAGACGGGGAGAAACUGGUGAAGAUGUCGCUGCUGGCAGCCAAUCCGGUCACAUCCAAUUCCCUCAGAGAGGAUGCAGGAAUCCCCCCACUGAACCUCUCAGAUAUGUCCAGAGACGCAACGAAGCGCUACCACGAUGCUGGAGACAAGCUGCUGGUGGAAGGUUACUACAAGAAGGGAGUCCUGAACGAGGAGGAGAGGCACACCAUGAUGGGCUGGCUGAAGGGCGGGAACCUGUACUCGAAGAACACGUCAGAGUACAAAGAGCUGUGCCACGAGCUGAGAGCCAAGAUACAGAAACACAACAACAACAGUGCAAAAUAACACAGCGCCUGUGAGAGACGUGUGUGUUUAACGUAUCAGAUCAUUGAUAUGUUUUGUUUCCUCUCUGACCGUUUCAUCAUCUUCCUCUUUUAUGAGAAAACCAAGAAGGAAAAGAGUUUCUCUGAAAGAUUUCAAUCCGAGGAUAAGAAGCAGCUCAAAGACAGCGAUCUGUAAUCACAGGAGCUGUUGUGUGUUCUGUGUGACACCUGUCGCAGGUACCUGUCACAGGUGUGUGAGAUCAGUAUUUUAAACUAGGUUAUCUUAUACCCAUAGUCAAGGUAGAUGAAGUAUGUUAAACAGCUGUAGAACAUAAAUAUAUUCCUUAGUCUAGGUUGUGUGC